CUAGUUAGUGCACCUCGCCAUAUCUUCAUCGAUGAAGUCCAACAGCUCCUCUGAAGACAUUGGUGUCUUCAACGGAGAAGACGGCAAGACCCAAGAACAGGGCAAGCAAUCAUGCAGGCAUGCAUCCUCUGGCUUACUGCGCCAGGCCGAGCAUGGGUGCAUCAUCUUCCACAUCUUCGUCGAUGAAGUCCAACAGCUCCUCCGGCCACACCAACACCCACCAACAGGAGGAGCAGCAACACAGGCCACAGGCCCACGGUAUGGUCGGUCUUGUCUUGUGCCGCUGUCGUUGCCGGUGUGUUUGCCUCGCCGCGCACCCCGUUCGCGCCUUGCUGUGGCUCACUCGACCUCCGAGCCCCCUGUCGUUUUAGCUCGACUAGGAGCCGUCUGCCGUCAACAUAGGUGCCGUUCGUUUUCUCGAUGGCUGUCGAUGCUGCUUGGGGCGAGUCAAAGCUCACAAAGCCGAAGCCCCUGCUUAGGCCAGUGUACUCAUCGUAGACAACCCUGGCUGACGGGAUGCUUCCGUACGGCAGAAAAUGCUGCAGACAAACGCGAAAGACAUUAAUAUUCGGCACCGGCGUCCCUGAGCCUUCGCUGCUCGCCUGACCUUCACGAGGUCGUUGUGCUUCCACUCGUAUGGAAUGUAUUGGACGAAGAUAUUGCGCCCGUCUUGGUACUCACUGAAGCCCUACAAUGAACAAACGGAUUGAUCAGAGCGACCCUUUCCGUAUGAUCUUCGGCAAGAGUGAUGGUGAUUUACCCGGCGGCCAGGAAGUCGCUGACGGAUGUCCAAAGGGGCCACCUCUCGAUAAGAGGACAUCUGCUGGCUUACGAUGGUGGUCUCGCCGCUCGAUUGCUGGUAUUCAGCAGCAGCUGUCUCGCUUUCCGCUCGACCGGUGGUAGUCUGCAAACGAGCCAGGCAAACACAGAGGCCUGGCUUGCUAUCGUGUUGUCAGCCCGUUUGGGUCACCACAUCGUGAGGGCCACGGCCGAUGGAUCCAUGCGGUGUCAGCACCUCGUCCAACUCCAUGACCACCUGGCCCCGAAAUACAAUACACACUGAAAGGAUAUUACAGAUCCUUGAGCGCUCACCUGUGCCCGCCUUAUCCUGUCAGUGCGAAACCUGGGUGUGCAAUCGGGGUGCCGCAGCUCUUUCUCGCGUGGGUAAAUGAGCAAGCAUCUCCAUCCUGGCAACGGCCAUUUUCUGACCAGUACCUGAAUCAAGCAGUGGGGCGGGGAGUGGAAAAGGUAAGUGAGUUUCCCUCCCUCUCUUACUUGCAGGGCUGAUGAGGCAUGGGAUUGCAACCCCUACACACACACACACACACACACACUCACACAGCGAUGCUAAUGCGUAUGGGUGUGUGUGGCCCGGCUUACUCGUCGACGUGUGGGUGAAGGUUUGGCGGCCUGAUUUGGCAUUGCGGCACCUGACCGAUCCUCAAGAGCUCCUCGAUCGUGUACCGAUACACGCGAGUCCUGCGGAGAGCCCCGACGGUGGUGCCUUCUGCAGCGCGUGCGUUGUCCUGGUCCGGUGCUUUAUGUUGGGCGCCUCAGUGGUGUCGGUGUUGUGAGUGUUCUCGACGUGCAGACACCCGGUUUGGGCAGCGACGUUGGUCUGGAUGUGAGGUUGCUGGUGCAGUCCAUAUGAGGGCGCGCUAGGCAUGCCCAUUUGGGCCGCGUCGAUCUUGGGCAACUCGAGGUCGCCCACCAGCCGUUGCCGCCUACUGAUAAACGGCGAGGGACUGCACACAUGGAUUCGCCGUCGCCGUUUAUCGUCGCAUACCUUGCAUUCCCGAGCUCGUCGCGGUGUUUGAUGGUGUCCAGGCCCGGCUGCUUGUCCGUAAGUGUGGUGGACUCAGCGCCCUCGUCUGAUGACAUACAUACAGACGUACAUGACAUCUGCGACGAGCGAGGAUGUCUGUAUCCAUUCAUGCUGUGUGCGUACCGAGUCGCUGUGAAGUCUUCAGCCUCCAUGCCCAAGGUGCCUCCUCACCGGCCUUGGUGCCUCUUCCUCCAAAAGGUCAUCCGAGGCCGUCGUCGACGACCUUCUUUCCUCUCGCUCUCGCACCCUGAGUGGCAGCAAAACAAUGCACGCUUUGGUACCGUGUUCCUUUCUCCGUCCGUCGCCCUGCGCACCAAGCCUUGAAGCGAUUUAGCUCCUCGAGCGUGUGAGCAAAACAGCACGCAUUGUCAUAGUGCAUUCCUGCACACACACACACACAUACACACGAGCUUGCCGGGCUUCUGAGCGUCUUACCAUGGGCCUCCACUAUCCUGCACAUUGUGGGCCUGCCACGAAGCUCCUCCCGGCCGUGUGCAUACGUGCACAGAGACCCGCGGCCGCAACUCCCCGCCUUGACAAAGGCCACGCACAUCUUGGUCUUGUAAACCUCUGCAGUAUGAUCCAGUCGCCACACCAGUGCGCACAAACAUGAGACAAUUGCCAUCCCCUCUGAGCUUACGGGUCUCUGGAGGGAAUUUCGUCCGGCUCCCUUGGUCCGAGUCGCCGCAGAUCGGUUUGACGGACUCGAUGCGUCUUGCCUCGAGAGGUGCGUGGGACUCUGAAGCGACGAACCAACACACAGGCAGGCAGGCAGACACACUAUAACACUCACGUCGGCUUGGUAGCACAGUUGCUCACCAUGGUGGCAGAACCCGCGAUUGAUGCCCUUCUUGCAGCCCGUCGUCCACUUGAAAUGACAGGGCGACACUUGCCUGACGGACACACGCACAACUAAUGACCAUGCCUUCAGAGCUGUUGAGCUGCUUACCCCAACCGUGAAGGGCCGUGCCGACUGAAGGGACUUCUCUGUCCUCGUUCAUUUGCCCGACAACCGAAUGAUGGACUGAAGGGGCGGAAAGUCUUGGCACCUUGCGCAACUCGGAUUCGCUGUGGGCGUAGGUGCAGUGUGCCCCCUUCCAGCAACCACCCUGAUGAGACGCAUCCACACGGACAUGUGCUGUCUGUUCCUCCGUUUCUCACGUGUGCGCACCUUUGGGAAGUUACGGCACAUUUGGGUCUUGUAGAGCACUGCAUCGCCAUUUACAUAUCACACCAGCAAGCGCAAACACGUAGAGGGUCCCCAGCAGAUCUGCCUUUCCCCCUGUGUGCUCACGAUUUGCCGGAGGGAACUGGGUCUGGCUCCCAUCCGGAUAGCCAGCCGUCUGUCGUGAUUGAGUGCAAUCCUGAAGUGGUGGGGAUUGUACACCUGACGGCGCGGCAGUUGUGCCAGUAGUCGGCACUCCACUUGUGGCCUCUGUGCGACCUGCCGGCCCUGCCUCCCCGUCGCUGAAGGAAGACUGUGCACGUGGCGACGUGGGUGUGACGUCGGGGAGGCUGAGAUGAGCUGCACGAGCGUCACCGCUUUGGACGGAUGACAGAGGCCGUAUGCUGCCUGUGGGAUGGCUGACAGUCCUCUCGCCUUCUCCCUCCGGUGUGGCGAUGCCGAUGCUGGCAUCCAUCGUGGCAGGGGGGCUCUCGUCGGCUGACGCUGCCUCGGAUGUGAGGUCGGCCGAUAGUGAGGGCUCACUGUAACUGGGAGCCUCGGUGGCGAUGGUCUCGCAUGCAGAGGAGGUGGCUGACGGUGUCACGAGCUCGAUGGCGUCGUGAGUCCUGCUGUCUUUUCCAUUGGCGUCGCCCUGCACGGCAUGGUCCGUCUUGUCUUGAGCUGCUUCUGCGUGGGCAUCCGCCACGCCGUCUGCGCCGUUCUUGUCUUGCCGUUGCUCUUGCUGCUGCCUUGGCGCCUCAGUGCUGGUGCCGUCGACUGUGUUGGCCCCUACAUCGCUUUCAUCACUGGCACCAGCGUCCGUCUUCUCGUCGACGUCGCUGGUGUCCACCGACGGGGUGGUAGGGCUCACCAGGGCGUCUGAUGCUGUCUGCUCAAGUGACUUUGUCGAUGCGGGAGGCUCGUCGACGGCGUCAUCUGUGCUGUUGGAGCGCUCGGUGUCGCCGAGCUGCGAGGGAGACCGCUGCUGCGAAUCGACGGGAGAAGAAUGCGGCUGAAACACACAGACCCAGACACACACACACAAGGGCAUAUAUACACACACACACACACACACACAAGGGCAUACACACACACACACACAUGUGUAUGUGCCCAUCAAUACAGACACACACGUGUACAGACACACACGUGUAUGGGUAUAAGGAUGACCCGUAUGAACCCGCCCCUCUCACCUGAGCGGCGUCUUGUGCAUCUGGCGACUCUGCGUGGCUGGGGCGCCCCACCGUUUGUGGUGUGGUGAGCGAGGCAGAUGGGAGGGUCUCGCCGUGAACCUGCUGCUGCUCUGGCAUACUGCCCAUCGAUCUUGGGCCCACAAUGCAAUCCAACCACGAUGACCCAUUGCUGUCGCCGGAUUGACGCGUCGAGGCUGGAUGAGGCGGCCCGUGAGGCUGCUUGAAGACCAUUUUCCCAUCAUCUUGGGCUCGCCGUCGAAGCUCCUCGAGUCCGUGGGCGUCCCGACACGGAGGGCCAAGAUUGCAGAAGCUGGUCUGGAAGAUGCCGGGAAUCGGUCGGAGCUCCUGUGCACAUCAAAUCAGGUCAGCGGAUGGGUUGGCUGGCUCGGUCCAUGGCUUUUUGUGUGCAUACCUGGUGGCCAUUAGCAAACUGGCACGACGCCCCCUUGUCGCAUCUGCCCAUCGGAUAGUCGCGGCACAGCCUAGUCUUGCUCACUGACAACAGCCACACAAGGGCUCACUGAGAGUGGCUGUGGUAAUGCGGCUCUGCUGUGAUUCUCAGUGCUUACGGUCGGGGAGCGGUCGAAGAUCCUGCACUCCGUGGGCGAAGGGGCAUUCCUCGCCAUCCUUGCAGCCACCGUUGCCCCAAAAACCACAGAGCUUCGUCUUGUAGAAGGGCCUGAAUAUGUACGGGCGUACAUAUGUCUGUGUCGGUUGAGGGUCACGCAUCACACCCACCCGGAGGCUCGCACUUCCUGGAUGGACCGACGACUGUCGCUUUCCUGCAGCAAGCAACCAAAGGGUGAAUCAGUGUGCCGAUUCCGGCGUGCAAAUGUUUUUCGACCUUGUACAGUCCUGCGGAUCCACGAGUGUGGGCGAUGCCGCUGUACGAUCUGAAUGCGUAUCCCUGGCGGCCAGGAAGUCGCUGACCGCUGUCCAAAGGGGCCAUCUGAAUUGACAAAGCAUGACCUCUCCACUUGUCGAUGAGAGGACACCUGCUGGCUUACGCUCAUUGUGCUGCCGCUCAAUUGCUGGUCGGCAGCAGCAGCUGACUUGCCGUCCGCUGGACCGGUGGCGGUCUGCAUUCAACCAUCCAACACAGAGUCACUCAGGGACCGUAUAAGCAAAUCACACACACACAUCGGCAUCCCACCUGCGGAUCGCUUUGCCUGUCGCCGCUGGAUGGUAGUAUGAGGCUCGACGAAAGCUUCAGUUCGACAGCGGGCCAUCCACCACCAGCUCGUAUUGCUUGAAAUGAUUCAGCAACUUGCACCAUAUCUUGCCUGACACGGAAAUUACUCAAGAAAAAUGCGGGCUGUCUUUCUUAUCCGUAGCUCGAUCAUUCGCUCACCUUGCCCCUUGGCAAGGACUUCGGCAUUGCCGCAGAUGACCAGACCGUACUUCGCGCGUGUGAUAGCCACAUUCAAACGACGAGGGUCAUUCAAGAACUCUAUAUCUGCACGGCAGCCAGACAUAGAUACACGUGUUGUCAUAUGUCGACUAUUGUGUAUGGGCGACUGUGGUGGCUAUGUCAGUGUGACCUUGGUGUCCAUUGGAUCUGACACAUGAAACAAUGACGAAGUCCUUCUCUCGCCCCUGGAAUGCAUCGACGUUUGCAACUUCAAUGCCCUUUUUCACCUUCCACGUCAAGGCCAUAUCCAGCACGGCCGCAAUAUGAGACCUCUGGCCCUCGUAGGGGGUGAUGACGGCAAUCUGAUGCGGCCUGACGUGGUACAAAUUUGCCCUCUCAUUUCGUAUUUGUCGAUUCUUUGUGCGUCCCCCAUGCUUACUUGAGUCCCCGUUCGAGAAAGCAAGUGACGAGUUCCUUGAUAUGAUCGGCCUCCUCCCUGUUGAGGAACGUCGUGCCGCUCUUCUCCUCGGGACCCGUACAGUUGUAGAAGAACAUCGGCAUCUCCUUGCUGCAUGCACACAGACAGACAGACAGACAGACAGAAGAUUCGUGAUGCUCCCUUGUCGGUCCGAGUGUUCUGUGUGGUGUGUAGUUGUGAGAGGUACUUUGGCCAUGGGAAGUCGAGGCCGUCGUAGCUACGUUCCUUGAUCGUGACGCCGUCCUGCAGUGAGCCCUCGUAGAAGGACUGCGAAGGGAACUCACUCAAGCACGGAUGCAUCCGGUACUGGACCUGACACAUGACCAAUCCACGACACAAAGAACGUUUUGCCAUCCAUUCUUUCUUCUCUUGCUCUGUUUGUGACCAACGAUCAAAUGUUGUGUAUGUGUGUGUGACCAGCAUACUUCGAGUCUGACGGGCUUCUUGAGGGCAAUGAGUCGCUACAAAUAGGGACUGGGACAAGCCCGCCUUGGCUGCCUCUUUGCACAUCACUACAGGUCCAAGCUGACACUGAUCACCGACGAGCAUCAGCUUCUUGGCGCCCAUGACGAUCGGCACCAGGCACUCCGGCUCCAUCGCCUGCGUCGCCUCGUCUAUCAAAACCUGAUUGGUAGGGCCAUCGAUGGAUGAAUGUUUGCAUGACUUAAGCCAACGCACUGACCUGCUCGAAUCUGAAGCCAUCGAGCCGCUGGUCGGCUGCCCCGAUGCAUGUGCAGCAGAUGACGUCGGCGGCGGUAAGCAGUUCCUUCUCGAGUGGUUCCCGCAGCCUCCUGAGCCUCCACUCAUCCGCAUCCUCCAACUCGCCUUUCUCCUUCUGUCGUUCCAUGAAGAGGUACAUACUUAACGAGAAAUGACGCAAUUGGAUUCGUGUGUGCUCUGUGCCUGCGUACCUUCAGUCCCUCUAGAUCGGCUAUCUCCGCCUGCACGGGGCCCCAACCGUCCUUGGUGACACAUUUGAUCUGUCUGUGUAGGGCCAGAUGCUCCACACUCGACUGCGCGUCCUCGCGGCGGCGAGCGUACAAACGAAUCACCUGCAAAAGUGGGCGGGGGGAUAUGUGCACAGAUUGCUCGCUGCAUCGUCAUCUCUCUGUGUGUACAGACGAGGCUCCUCUGUGUAUCACCUUGAGGCCUGUGCGAUGCAGCCGCUCCGCCAGGUUGUCCACAGCGACGUUAGAUUGUGCGCACACCAACACCUGACCCCGAUGCAAAGAUGGAUGCACACAGCAACGAAAGCUGUGCCAUGGGCUGCUACGUACCUGUCCCUGUUUGCACAGAUGGUAGACGAUCGUGGCCGAUGUGAGGGUCUUGCCAGUGCCCGGCGGCCCCUGGAUGAGGCACAGCGACGACUGCAGCGCCGUCUUGAUUGCUAAGGUCUGCGAAUCUUUCAACUCGGCCAAAGCGGAGACAGACAAGUCACGCCGCAGCGUCGGCCUGACACAUAUGCACAUCACAUGGCAUCAAAUGUGAACGAAAGCCGUAUGUUGACGUACUCAAUAGUUGGUUCCUUGACUUCGUCAUAGCCGAUCAAAUGGCCCCGCAGUUCACGAAGAAGAGACUUGCUCACCGCGGUCUCGUCACGGGCGAGCAGAUUCAAGGCAGACUUCAUUCUGAGUGUGUAGGCGGCAUGUGUGUGUGUCUGUUGCGUGUGGGUCUGUGGGCCGCCCACCUGUUGAUAUUCACAGCUUUCGGCCCGAACUCCACGCUGUAGGGCCGUGUGAUGUUGCGGUCCCACGGACCCUGAUCGACAAAAAUGUGGCCAUCCCAUCCCAUCCAGCGCUGUGCUACGCCUUGUCCAUGCACGUACGCUUUGCUUAAUGGGACAGCGCAGCUCAAGGACUACUUCGUCAUGUGGCGUCAUCCACUGAGGUGUGAUCAUCUUGACGUGGCCCUCCUGCAUCCACUCAUUACCACCUGACACAACGCCAAUCAGCGCACACCAAUACGUCACGCGUAGUCAGGGAGUGGCAUGAUGCCUACCGGUGUAGGCGUAUUUGAUGGCGAGUUCAUCGCCCACGGCAGGACGCACAUUGCUCUCGUCACGGGGAUAGAGGAAGAUGGCCGUAGGACGACGAUUCGACGCAACUUCCCAACGGACAGUGAUGUUGGUCUGCACAUCCAAUGCACACACACACACACACACACACACACACAGAGAGAGAGAGAGAUGCCAGCGUGAGCUGGCAUGUUGCCACCCACCCACCCACCUGUCUUUGCGACUCUUUGCGACUCCUCAUAUCCUCGGCCUCGGCAUCGAUCAGUGAGGUGUAAGUGUCGUAGUACUCGCCGACAUCCACAUACCUACACAACGACACACACCAUGAUCAGCGUCAUAUACUCGUUUCUGUGUGUGUAUGCGGCAGACUGACCUUUUUAAGACAGACAUCGGCUUGGCGCUGACGGAUGAGACGGAUGAAGUGGGAGCCUCGGCGUGGGCCUCAAGUGGUGGAUCAAACAAAAGUACGGGAUAAAAGCGAAGUCUUGAUUUGUCCUUUACAUGUGCUCUAGCUGACCUGUGUCUGCUGGUCGUACGAUAUGAUGGCAGGCUCACCACCAGACAGACCGUACGACGAAUAAUCCUGAUGAUGGACUCAUACAGACGGAUAAAAUGAGGCUGGAAAUGGACCUGCUGCUUCUCUCGGACCUGACCUCUUGUAUUUCACUGAGGGCAUCAUCAGCUGUGACGCUGACGACAGUCUCACCACACGAACGCGACACAAGCUGCACAGGCAGAAACAAAGGCUGCCCGCCUACAUGCAUUCUCUUCUACCGACCGAAUAGGGUGGAGCCUCUCGAUGACUGCGCUUGUCGCUCCUCUGGAUCUUCGCCGGCGGUCUCACGCCAGUCAGCCUGCUCUCAGACGCUGUCAUCUGCUCGGAUAGAAACAUUAAACCCAUGCCUGUUGCCAAUAGAGUGAGUGUCGGCAUGGCUCACGCUCAUGGUAUUGCGUCCCUCAGAGGGCGGCCACUGGUGCUCCGACUGCUGGUCGGCAGCAGCAGCUGACUCGCUUUCCGCUCCACGUCUCGGUGCCUGCAAUGAAUCAGCUCACUUCCAGGUCUCUGCCUGCUUGGGCGUGUGGGUGCUGUCUGUACCGUGUCGCUGCUUUGUUCAAGUGGGCCGAUGAAGCCAUCCGCUAUGCGUAAAUAUGCAGAUUGAGUCUCCUCGUCGGACGCUUGACUUGGUGCUUGUAACAUCUCCUGAUGAGGGAGUGGUCUUGGCGGUUUAUGGGCGUUGGCAGGCUGCAUUCGAGGAUGAAUGGGGAAAGGUAGAGGCUGCGGGACGGACUCGGCCACAGCCGAACUCUCAUUUUGCUUCUAUCACACACUCACACAACAAGCGAUAUGCGUGCAUGGGCCACGGCCGAUGAAUCCAUAUGUCAUUCGCACCGCUGCCGACUCGUCCAUCGCAAGGCCCUGAAGUGCAACACAGACGCGCUCAGGGAUUGUAAAAGGAAGUCACACAUUUGCUGGCGUCCUACCUGCGGAUCGCCGUGCCUGUCGCCGCUGGUUGGUGGUGCGGGAGCAGACGCGGCGGUCUGCGAGAAGCGAUGCACGUCGCUGAAAGCACAAGGGGCUCUGUGUUGCGUACCUGUCUGCUGAGGUCACUUUGGGAUAGCUGGUCCGCUGCUGAUGGUGUUGGUGGUGGUGCAUCUGUCGUCGGCCGGACCUGUUCUGUGCGUGUCGGCAUCGCCUCGGUCAAGCAAUUGUCCACAUGACCUGAUGACGCACAUAUGACAACGGACAGCCCCUUUCCCCUCGCCGUCUACACUGUCUGGUUGCAUACUUUGAAAGCAGAGUAGGCGCAGUUGAUCUCUGAUGCGCGUAGCACGGAAACGGACCUGAAUGAGUACACAGGGAUCCCCAGACACGCUCAUCGAAACUUCGAUUCAGGUCUACUUACGAAAUCGCUUUCUGACGCAUCGAUACUCAAGAGAUUGAGUUGCCUCAGCAGCGACUCAAUGUCCUGAUGAUUGGCCAGACACUAACCAACUCAUGUACAGACACGUGCACCUUUGUGUCGCACCUGAGCGUGCAUGAGUUGGUAAGCGAUGGCCUCCUCACCGACCGACUGUUGGCUGGCUUCAUGCAGGUACUCUUUGAGCUCGUCCAGCGCCUGCAUCACACAUACAUCCUAUGUGCGUGGCAACGGGGGUUCCUUUCCUACCUCUGGCAGGUGGGCGGCAUCACUGGGAUUUUGCGUCCCAUCCCCUCCUCCACCAAACGCCAAGUCCUCCUCCACUUCCGGACGGUUGGACCGGGUAAGUGGGACGGGCUCGUCGCCCUUGCAGACGUGUGACUCGCCAUCUUUGGCAGCCCUCUCCUCGCUUUUAAAAAUAGAAGAAGCAACGAGGGCACCACUACCAGCUGCUGGUGCUGCCGGCUCGCACAUGAGGGGAUACGGCAGAGGGUGUGGAUGACUCGGGUGUAUUGGAGCCGGAUGCAGCCGAAGCUGUGCAUGUGCAGCCGCGGCGGAUGGCGUCAGUGACGGGAAAGUGCUCUGCAGAGAAACAUAUGACGGGCGAAGGGCAAUUUAUCGAGCUCUCUCUGUGCCUGCCACCUGUGCAUGUGAGUGUGCAUCCCCCUUGUGUGGUGCAGGUUGAUCAGUAACACUCUGCAACAAAAGGAAAACAACCGACAUGAAGGAAUGACCGUGGGUGUGGCGGAAUGACCAGGUGCUGUGUCGGUGUGAGUGUAUACCUGGCGUAGCCGUUGACUGAUGCGCGCAGCAAAGAGGCGGUCCUGCGUGAAGUAAAGAGAAGCAAGCGUACAGACGCUGAUGACCCCUCCCACGCACUUACCGUGUUGCUCUGUGACUCAUCAGCACACAAACCCUCAAGUCGCCAGACCAGCAGGCCAAUGUCCUGAUGAUCACCAAGACAUGCCCUCUCCUCAUGCGUGUGCUGAGCCCACCUGAGGCGACUGCAUCUGCAGCUGGUCGAUGAGAGCAUUCUCACGGGCUGGGUCAUCGACGGCUGCACGCAUCGCCUGCAGAAGCUCGUCAAAGGUCUGCAUUACAGGGAGGUUAAUGACAUUCUGGAAGUCAUGUGAGAGGCAGAGGUACCUCUGGCGGUCGCAAACCAUCACUCCCCUCCGUCGGCUACACAACACACAUCCAUACAGAGACAGAGUCACACCGGUCCGUUUCCCUUCCCUUACCGCCACUCCGUCGAUGUCGUCAGGGGCAGGCAGGGCGCCGGCGACAGCAGCGCAUGGCAAAGGAGGAUGCUGACCAAGCAAAACACAUUUAUCGAUGAAAAAGAAUAUGUCCAGACCUCGGUGCCUUUCCUGCUGUGCUCCCACCUGUUGACAUCGUUCCCUGAACCCCGAGAUCCAGUCGUCGCUCGCCCCGAAUUUACUGAUCUUCAACCGAGCGGCGAUUUCCAGCGCCUUGGCCUUGAUGUCCUUCGCGCGCACACUCGCAGGAUCACCCUGGGUUGCUACCCACUGACGCAUCUCGUCCUCGAUCUGCGGAUGCUUCGGGCCUUUGGUGCGCUUCUUGCUCAGGUCGGCAUCAUGCUCGCCCGACUCCCUCUGCUUUUUCACCUUAGAGCACCAUUUCUUCAGUUGGUCGAGGGUCACGCCCUUCUCUUGUGCGAACUGAGGCAUCGAGAUCUUCUCCCCGCUCUGCUUGCGUCGAUUGAAUUCCUCCACCACCUGCAGCCGCUCUCCAAGGUACACCUCCCCCGCCCUCCCAGUCGUCACCUGGACAAACACAAGAGUGCGAUGAUUCGACGAAGUGUGCGUACGUCUGUCGGUUCAUACCAU